CUCGACGCGUCGAGAGGUCAAUCAACACCACUCCAUUUUAUUACCAACCCAAUCGAUACGAUCGGCUCACGACGUAUACGCCGCAAUACUGCCAAUAACCUUUCUACGAUACCUUCGUGCUAUGCAACACCUCCGCCGACGAUUUUCUUUCGAGGUGAUGAUCGUAUAGGGAGAUGGGCGAGCGCGUCCGAGACUGCAAAUGGAAUCAUGGCGGGAGCGAGGGUUUGUGCCGGACUCGGACGAUGAAGAUGGAUUUGAGAGUCAGGAAAAGAAAUUGAGUUUGAAUGGGAGCCAGGGUAGGAAUAAUGAUAAUGGGAGUCCUGCUGUUGAAGUUGUGCUGCCGAAGCCUGCUCGACUGGCCGAGAACGACAAUGAUGAGGAUGGUCAACGAGAUAGGGACGAUGCUCAUGAUGACGAGUUGAUGUCUCUGGAAGAGGAUUUGGAUGAAGUCCAUGCUCUUGGUGAUACCGGUGCGAUUGGCGAUGACGAGGAGAUCGAUCUGCCAUUGCCCAAGGAGCGGCUGCAAACACCAGUUCACGAGCAGGGUGGGGUGUUGGAGUCGCCUGCGGUUGAGGGCAAUCGGUCUGUGAGGGACGCAAAGAAACUGAGUUCUCGAUCACGAUGCUCGACUACGAUUAGCGACGGUGCCGGGUCAUCGACACCCCGGCCUAGGAAGCAGCGCGAUAUUUGGGAUAUGCCGAGCUCUUCUCCGGAUCUCCUGGUGCUCGACCACAAACCCUGGCGGAAGCAGAUGUCACCCGGAUUGACACCUAUUCCCAUGGCUAAAGCCGCAAGCCAACCCCGUCCUGAAGAAGAGACUCUACUGAGCUCACCCCUCUCAUCGUUGUCCUCCCUUCACUCGUCAGCGCUAGAUAUGGAUAACGAGCAGGAGACUGCGAAGGAGACCGAGAAGCCACCGGAUCAGCCCUUCGAUGACCUCCUACCUCCUUUGGACAUCCCUGAAGAUAUCCUGCGGGAAUUAGACCCUCCCACCAGGAGAUCGCUAAGGCAACGCAAUCUUAUUCAGCUUCAUCCUUAUCUGCUGGAGGAUGCAAAGUACCAGCAUCUAAUGAAAGCUCGAGGUAUCAAACCCGUCCGCGUGGCUCAAUAUGAACAACGGCCUCGUCCUGCAGAGGAAAGCCAGGGCCAGAGCUUUUGUGAUGAUGCGGGCUCAACAUCGGAUACGCAAAUGACAGAUUCGCACUUUGUCCCGUCAUCGCCUGUUGAUAUCCGGCAACUUUCCGAGACGAUGCCCAGAGAUGGUGCCGAAAGAGUUGUGCGGAAAAAUGCCCUGAGCCGGAAUGACCACAAGGACGGUACUCAACCACGCUCGCCAAAAAGACGCCGAGUGACAGGACCCGAGGACCAUCGUCCACGCCAAAAUAUUCGCCUGGCGCGUCCUCAGGUAGUGAUUAGCAAUACGCCGUCGUCCUCUCGGCCGUACAGUAAUACAUUUCUCGACCUCCCUAGUCCUCCCCGUUCGAGUAUUGUCUCGUCACCAAGCACGGCAAAACGGAUUGAGUUUCAGUUCCCUCCUGGAUUCACGCCGCCUACAGUCACACCACGAACAGAAACAAAGCCUGGGACCACGAGUGCUGGUGUUAGAAAUACCGUCAUUGGUGAAAAUGACGGCGGGGUCGGCCACGACUCUGAUGAUAGUCAGUCAGUGGUUUCUCAUAGCACUACGGCUUCUAAUGCGGAUGAAGAUGAGAAUGACCAAGAGGACGAGGAAGAGCAGGACGCUGACGAGGCAGCUGUCAGGAGGCUACAACGAAAGAUUAGAGGUGUACUUCCAGCUUCAUGGUUGCGUUUGGACCAACAAAAGCAGAAGGAACGACUCACUGCUACACAGGCACAUCAAGAUCGAAUAUCGAGGAUGGAAUCUGAAGCUGCCAAAGGGGUUGCCAAGAGGAUAACAAAGAAGGCUGACUAUUCAACACCAUCAGGCGCAAGAGAGCACUUGUCAUCACUUAGACAGCUUGCAGAUGAGAGUAGCCAAGAAAGCGAAGGAGAGUCGGUUAGCAAUGAUAGGGAGGAGUCUCGACGCAUCGCUGACCUGUUCGACUACGGAGAUCCGUUCAUUGAUCAAGACCCUACCGGCGAUAUACCAGAAGACAAUCGGAUUGAUUACAUGUUCCCGUCGACGCCCCGUAACCGGCCUCUUUCCCAGAUUCUGAAACAUGUCAAGAAGCGCAAGAAGCCGGAAUCAGGCACGACUGGGCAUCGUGGCGAGCCUAAGAAGCCGCGGAUGAAACGCCAGGCGAGGCUCACGGACUCUGUGUACGGCGGCAGAAAGACGAAGCAGUCAUCUCGGCGUCUCCCCAAACUGAGCAUUCUAGAUGCUCCGGAUGUCGCCUCACGGUCCCGUGAAGAACAGCCUCAAUUCCUGAGGGUUGCGGCGAGAAAGGCGCGCUCUCGCCAAGAUAGGGGAAGACGGAGUCCGACGCGCAAGAUUAUCACCCUAAGUUCCUGGUUGGAUACCGAAGAAGCCAACGUAUCUUUGCGUGAUUGGCGUGCAGGGCGACUGCGGCAGACCAAGUUGCCGAAGUUGCCCACUCAGACCCGUCGAAGACAGCCUUUGAUGGAUCUCUCCACAAAUGCGAGACAGGCAUAUUAUGAAUCCAGUGCGAAGAGAACAAGAGAAGACCUCCAAACUGUUCAACCAGCUGCGCCAUCGAGGACCGGCAGUGCUGCGAGAGAGAAUGCCGCGCCUUCGGAUGCUCCUCAACACGAUACACCGAUAGCUAGCGACACUACCCCGGCGAGACCAACGCAGCAACGACGAGGCAAUGCCUGGAUUAUUCAACGAAACCUUGCAAUCACAUCGUUGAGUAGAAAUAGUCCGCGCCCCGUGGCACCGGAAGUUGGAACCCUCGGUCCCACCGCAACAGCACCCCCUUCACUACGGGGCUCACUCGCUUUAUUGAACGGCGACCGGAACUUGGUGCUGAACCGAUUCCUCGCUGGCGAGGCUAUACGCCAGAAACCUCCGCAAAUAAACAUCGAAAGAGACAGAUUGGAACAUAGACCUCCCAAGCCAAGGUCAGGUCCACCAUGUCGUCAAAUGAAGAAACGGCCGCCAAAGCGAUUUGAAGUUCCUGCACUCGAGGACCAGCCGCCUCUUACAUUUCCUUCCCCUGAGCCGGAGUCGUCUGUGUCGCACAGUCGAGUACAGUUGCCUUCAAGUCUCGCCACUAAUGGACUGAAUCGCUUCAAAACAACAUAUUCCAUCGACUUUGAGGUUACUCCCCUACAUGCAGGAAUCUUCUUUCACGAGUCCACGUUCAUCGGGAGUGGAGAGUUUGCACGCUCCCUCGAUAUCUCUAAACGGGAUCUGGACAAGACUACUGGGCCAUUUUGUGUCAAACUAGGUGACGUAAACAUGCGAUGGGGUGCGUGGGAUGACAAUGUGUCUUCUCGAUUUAGCAUGGUCUUCGACAAAAUCUUGGGGCCUUCAGAGGCCGACACGGCAGUUUUAGAUCUUGAAAGGCCUGCUCAGGAUGUCACUAGUUCUGGAUGUGCUCUCUUCAGAUCUUUGAUUAAGUAUAUCACCGACAGUUUGACAUUCAUCGAUCCCAUCGAUAGAGUGGGGUUUGUGACACGAGUAAAUGGCCUCGUUGCGAAGUUUAAGGAAGAUCUAUCAGCGUCUGAACGGGAUAUGGCGCAACUGGCGAGAUACGCAUCAUACAAUGCUGUUCUUGCAAACCAAGUCUGUCAGAUUGCGUGCCAUAGCCUUGUCAACGAGUCUGAUCGAGAUGAGACCUUCCGAUUGGCAAAAGCGGCAUCCAAGCAAGUCAUUGCUCUCAUUUCGAACCAGACAGGGCAGGCGGAGAUUCGAAAAUUUCUGGUUGCGAGCAAGUCGCCUGAAUGGCGGGAGGCAGGAAUCAAGGAUGACCAUCCCGCUGUGGAAGCUUACGUCCUAGCCCAGCGGAUCUUAUGCAGCGCUGACCGAUAUAAAGGUUGCCUGGAGAGUUUUGUGGCCGAAACAUACUCUCUAAGAGAGACCGAAGUUUCCAGUGACAAAGACAUCACUGGCCUAGAAAGCGGAUGGCAACGCCUUUUUACUACUUUGCCUCUGCAGCAAUUCGAUGCACUCGGGAUUACCCAUGCCGGCUCCCGUUUCGGAGGGGGCAAUGACAAUUGGGCGGCUGUCAAGCGCCUACUUAAGCCGGCUCUGGAGAGUUGCAAGGCCAAUGAGGAGUCUCAACCCAUUUCCUAUUACAGCUAUUGUCGAGUUCUGCUCACCAGAUGUUUCCUUCUAAUCAAUGGCUGGGGCUGGCGUGAUUGCAAGCCGAUUCUCAACACACUCUACGAGUUCUUCGCGAAUAGGACUUUGUACAACCUAAGACUCGAGGAGAGCUUGAAAUCACCUGCAUUUCUCGACGAACUCGACGGCAACCCGUCUUUCGAGGUGUUGCCUGGCGAUCCGUGCUUUCAUAUCCUCCUAAAGAUAAUCGCCACUGGAUUACGUUUUCUGACCAAAGAAUGGGACAAGAGAAAGAUUCGGAAUUACACUUGGCGUCUGCUGCCGAAUCAUGGCCGGGAGUAUCCCAAGGAAGAAUCCAUUCGUCAAGCGGAUUUGGACGCAUUGAGGAAUCACCAUGAUCUCCUUACUACCUUAUACUCGUCGGUUCCUGAAGAAUGUCGUCCUCAGUUAAAAGCGAUCAAAAAUCUUGUUCAUCCCGCCAGUGCGCACCGGGAAACCUGCAAGAUCAGCCUGCGGUCUUGGGCUAGGCUUGCGCGUUUCAAGCUGGCGACGAAUGAGGAUGUUUCCGGGUUAGCACCUUUCGCUGAGUGGCAUGGUUAUUUCAUGACGGAGUUCUUGAAGCAGCACAGCCUCGCCCGAAGGGAGGUUGAAGCACAAAAUGACGGAAGCAAACAGUUUUCGCAGCAGCUCAUUGACAGGACGAUUUCCCAGAAUCAAUGGCACAUUGAAUCAUUGUUGAAAACCGCUCUUCAAGGUCUGCAGAGCGCGAUCAAAUCCGCUCCUACAGUGGAGCAUGCUCAUAAAAUCGUCUCUGAGACUCCCAUUGGCACAGUGCUAGGACUUUUUAACGUUCAAGUUCAUCGCCUGAACGCUACUGUGUUGGAGGCAGUCCAGGUAAUCGCGAUGUAUGUUCAAAAGUGCAACUCACUUGCUUCCGAGCUGUCACAGAACAGGAUAGGAAGUGUUCCGACCGUUACCGACGAAGACAGCCAGGAGUAUGGUGAUUGGGCUGAUAUCACGGCCGCUUACGGAUAUGAACCUACGCCAGUCACUCCGGGGAUUGAGCAUGUGGAAAAGGUAUUCCACCCUGCGGUGUCGCGGCUUGUAUCCAACUGCUUCGGCGAAGAUCGCUGCCCCGAUGAUGUGAUCCUCAUGGGUGUUGUGGACUGCUGGGCCUCUAUAGCGCAUGUCCUUGUCCGGCACGGAUUGCGGAGCUGGGACAGCUACAUCAGCCCUUAUGGAAGCGAUUCUUGGAUAGCACUGCGACGGACGAUACAGACGAGGAAAUUCACGCCCCAAUUCCUGGCCAAGUGCAUUGAGAAAGAUGGCCAGUUUGUUUCUGACUGUAAGAUGCAGAUUCUUGGGAUGUGGCUAUCGAGUUUGGUCGAAAGAGUGUCGAUGCUCAAAUUCCAGCAUUGUUUAACUGAGGCUAUAUUGAAUCAUGAUGAGUUCGACCCGGUGUUGCAGAAUCUUCCCUUCUCCCGAGAGCCGAAAUCAGGACGGUAUUCGAUAAGCUCCGUCGAGUUGAGCCAACGCCGACUGUCGCUUGUGUCGUGUCUUCUAUCUAAUAUGCGCACUCACAUACAAAACCUGGACGAUACAUGCAGUCGGGAACUCUCGACAACAAGGCAGGAAUAUGGGGAAAUACUCCAGACAAUGAUGUCGUCGAUGAAAGCAAACUACCAGGAACUGGGCAGUGGCGAAGCCCACCUUCGUGGUGCUUAUGUCGAAUUUGUCCAAAGCGUCGUUGGGUUCCUGCAGCAGCACACCAGGGACAUUUGCGCUAUUGAUUCCUUCUUCAUGAACCCGGCCUCCUUCCCUCUGCCGUCAACCGACCGUGCCUACAUCGUCGCACGACUGAAGGGCUACGAACCGAAGCUGUCGUCUGUGAAAGUGGUAAAGACGCUUAUCAUAUUCAUUCAGAGUGUCUCUGAACGCGCGGCGCUUGAUGGCGAACAGACAUAUCUAGUCAACCAGCUGUAUGAUUCCAUGAAAGAGUCUCACGAAGCCGGGAGUCCAGAGCAACCUACAUUACGGGCAACGCUCUUGCGAUAUGUGUUUCCAGCUUACCUUGCAACGUCUUUCAGUAACCCGUCUGCCUGGGUUCUUAGCCGGCCGAUCAUUGAGACCACCACUCGAGUUUUCCAGCAACUACUUUUGAGCCUCGACGCCGCAGAUCCCAACUGUGUCCGAUCCGUAUUGAACAUCUUCGGCGGUAUCUUCGACUCUUCAUACCGAGCACUCCACCUCAUAACAGACAACGCCAACAUGCUCAAGGAACCUACUGUUCUGUUCACCGCGACAGCCUUGCUCGAAAUGGUCAAAUCCGCACUCCCAGUCGUCGACUAUAUAGACCGCCUCGCUGCAGACGCUCAGUCAACAGGCCCUAUGGUAGAACAAAUCCGCGCAUUCCAGCAAUUUGCCAUCUUCACAACCUCCUACCUACGAAACCCAGAACAAACACCUCUCACACUUGACACCCUUCCUCAAGCAGCCACCACUCCUUCCAACACCAACGACAUAUCCCUCCUCGCAGCCCGCGAGCACCAAGCCUACCUCAACGACAGCUGGUCCCGCCACCAAGGCAAAUAUUACUUCACCCGCCGCGGCCACCAACCGCAAGAGGUUCAAAUCGAACCUUCUGUCCUCGCGAAGCUAGACCACUUUCCCGAGCAGGGGCUGCUGGAUGCUGCGCACUCAUUCUUGGAUGUGCUGAAUACCUUGGAUCUGUUCGGCGAGAGUGAGAACGUUGAUCGCCAGGCUGCGUCUGAUUAUAUCUGGGACGAUGGUUCCGGCUUGGGGUGGGCUAACGAGGAUCUGGUUCUCUUUUGAGUACGAGUACUCUCAGCUUCAUGUUAUAUAUUGAUGAACUCAAUCCGCGUAUCGAGUCAGGUCCCGGAAUAAUGAUGUGUAUGAAUUGCAUAGUAUGUUUUUCAUUCAUUUAGACCUCUGUUUUAUGUUCUUUCAGUUGGUAGUGUAGACAAUCAGCCCAGCACAAUGGAGAAUGCCAUUGGUCUUGUC